AUGUCGCCUACUAGUGGAAAGAAGGGUAGCGAGUCGGGAACAGCCCGUCUCCUGGGAGCUGGAACCAGCGGUAUUCUGGAGCUGUUCACGUUCCACCCGGUGGACACAGUGGCCAAGCGCCUGAUGAGCAACACGGACAAGAUCUUCGGCAACGGACAGACGACGGGCCAGUCGAUGGGCAAGCUGAACAAUGUCAUCUUCCGCGACGCGGCAACCAAGCCGACGCUCAGCAAGUACAUCUCUUUGUUCCCUGGCCUGGGCUACGCUGCUGGCUACAAGGUAGCGCAGCGUAUCUACAAGUUUGGUGGGCAGCCGGUGGUGCGUGACUACCUGGAGCGGAACCAUGGGCAGUCGUUCACGCGCGCGUUCGGCGACCGCAACGGCAAGGCCAUGCUGCACGCAACGGCCGGCUCGCUGAUCGGCAUCGGUGAGGUGGCUCUGCUUCCCCUGGACGUGCUGAAGAUCAAGCGCCAGACGAACCCGGAGGCAUUCCGCGGCCGCGGACUGUUCCGCAUUGUGGCUGAUGAGGGCAUGGCCCUGUACCGCGGUGCUGGAUGGACCGUCAUGCGCAAUGCGCCAGGCUCGUUUGCGCUGUUUGGUGGAUCGGCGUUCGUCAAGGAGUUUGUGUUCAAGCUGGAGGACUACAACAAGGCCACGUUCAUCCAGAACUUCUUCGCCUCGAUCGGUGGAGCUGUGGCCUCGCUGACAGUGUCCGCGCCCAUGGAUGUCAUCAAGACACGUAUCCAGGCGCGCUCGUUCGACAACCCCGAGAGCGGCAUGACCAUCCUGCGCCGCAUGGUGCAGCAGGAGGGCUUCGGCUCGUUCUUCAAGGGCCUGACGCCCAAGAUCCUGGUGGUCGGUCCCAAGCUUGUCUUUGGCUUCACGCUGGCCCAGUGGUUCAUCCCCAUGUUCGACGGCAUCAUCAAGGGGAAGAAGGCCGAGCACUGAUUAAUGCAGAUUCAAAACAUAAAAAUAUAUUUCUUACAAGCAGCUCCU